UGAAAACAACACAAGCCUAAGAGCACGUAACACUACUCGUCUUGCUGUGGUUUGGGGUGUUUGUUGACUCAUUAUAAUUACUGAGGAUUAAAUUAUGAACGAUAAUAAUAAUAAUGAGCGUGAACUCACUGUGCUGUAGCGGCGCUGCGUCUGCGCAGAAACAGCUGCAUUAGUGACUUUCCUGCUCAAUUUCACGCCUCUCCACCCGAUUCUAAACAUAUUCAAGCGGGAAAAGAUCUCUGCCAUGUUUUUCUUCGAAAUAAAUGAAGAAGCAAGACAGUGCUACUACUUUGACCUGAGCAUGACUCCUCCUGCGCUGCUAAGCAUUAGCUCACAUGCUAGCAGCAGCUGUCAAACAUGUUUUUCUAGCUCUAAAGGGCACGUAGGAGAUCCGUGUAUGGCUCUUAUCUAAAUCAAUCCCCGUGCAGUGUUUGUGUGUGUGUGUGUCAGCAGGAAAUAGUGUAGAACUGACAGGCGUCUGCUGCUGGAGUCUGACGCCAGGCUGCGUCGCUGUUGCGCACGCAGACAGAACGCGCUCGAUUAAACACUGAGACUUCCGGUUUGUAACCGGCGUGUUUUAAAAGCGAGCGUCGAGCAUACACACGCAUGCAGAAGGCCAUACACUGUGAUGAUGGAUUCUUCUCCUACAAAGGAACGUAAAAGUCCUGAGCUCAGCCUGCAGCGUGAGUCUCCGCUGCCCUCCGUCUCUGAGCGUCUGGCGUAUCUGCGGCCAUCCCGCGAGCUGCUGGACUUCUACAGGCAGAAGGUGGCGCAGUUUGAUGGAGAACAUGAUGACCUGCUGCAGAUGCUGGAGAAGUGCAGGAGCACCGCGGAGGAGCAGCAUCAGUUGCAGUGGGAGGUGCGUCAGCGCGAGGAGGAGAUCGCAGAGCUCCAGAACGCUCUCAGUGACAUGCAGGUGUAUCUGUUCCAGGAGCGAGAGCAGGCGCUGCGACUGUACGCCGAGAACGACCGCCUCAAAAUCAGAGAGCUGGAGGACCGGAAAAAGAUCCAGCAUCUUCUAGCGCUGGUGGGUCCAGAUCCAGGCGAGAUCACGUAUUUCCAUCGCGAGCCUCCACACAAGGUCACAGUCCCUCAGAAGAAGGUCCAGCUGAGAUCACACGAGGAAUCAAAGGUGGUGAAACCGAGGCCUGUAUCAGUGAAAGGAAGCAAGAAAUCGUCCAGAGAAGGAGAAGAUGCCACAAUUUCAGAGCAGUACAAGAGAGACAACCAGACGUUACUGCUGCAGGUGGAGGCGCUGCAGGCUCAGCUGGAGGAGCAGACGCGUCUGGCUAAAGAGCAGGUGGAGGCGCUGCUGGAGGACCGACGCAUUCAUCAGGAGGAGAGACAGGUACAGCACCAGCGCGACCAGGACACAAUCACGGCCCUCACCGACAAACUGCAGCGCACGCAGAACCUGCUGUACGAGAGCACCAGGGACUUCCUGCAGCUGAAGUUUGAGAGUCGAGCUCACGAGAAGAGCUGGAUGCUGGAGAAGGACCGUCUGCUGCGAGAGCUGGACUCCUGUCAGGAGCGGCUGCGAGAGGAGCGCAGUUUCCCCGAGCAGCCUCCGCCUCUGUCUGCAGACGCCCCGUUCAUCUCACAGCCCAGACACGAGAGCAGCCACACUCACCGGGAGGAGAUCCGGGCUUUGCAUGAGGAACUGAAACAGGCUCAUAAACUGGCUGACAUGUACCGAGAGCAGUGUGUGAAUCUGGAGACGGACCUGUCCCAGAUCAGAGAGGAGGGCGACGUGGGCCGAGAGAUCUUCAAAGAGCGCUCUGAUAAGAUUGCCAAACGUCUGCAGCUGAUGACUAAACGUUAUGAAGCUCUGGAGAAGAGACGAGCCAUGGAGGUGGAGGGAUUCAAGACCGAUAUCAAACUCCUGCGGCAGAAAGUCAAAGACGUGGAGAAAUAUCUCUUUAAAUUGACACUCAAUGUGGGCCCUGAUCAAGACCUGGCGAUUCUCCAUGAAGUUCGACAGACCAACAGCCGCACGAUAAAGGUCCAGAGUGAGCUGAAGAACCUGAGGGCCAAAAUCUACAAACUGGAGAAUGACCUGAGGUUCUGCUGAAGACUCGUGAGGAGGAUCGAUGAGAUGAACCUCACACUAUGUUCUUUAGUCAAAUAUCCAUCCAUUUGUAUGAUUUGGAGUAUGAAGAACUUCUGAGACGCAUCACUGACUGAAUGAUUCAGAGGAAAGCUGGACAUCAUAGAGCUGAGUGUUUAUUUGUGCUGUUGAAUUUUGUAUAUUAGAUAAAUAAAGGUUGCUUUUUGUGUUCAUUAUGAAAGUGAUUCACCAUUUUUGACUGGUCUGAGACAAUAACAAACACAACAGUAAGGCCCAUGUUCAUUUUAUAGCUUUUAAACAUCUCAAUUUAAACAUCUGAAACCUCUCGAGACAAAAACAAUACUGAAAUGCUUGGAAGAGACUGAACAUAUUUCAGUUGACAAAAACUAAAACAUACAGAUGAAUCUGCUGAAAACUAUU